CUUUUUUUUGCCCUUCACGACGUUUGCGCACCCAUGAUGUUCCAACCCUCUCUUCAACUUAAACGACGACCCAGCUUACUGUCACUAGGUUGAGCCUUGAGUUUUGCAACCUUUGUUAUUUGCGAGGACAGCAAGCGAAUCCUUUCCCAGGCUGUUGACAUAUUCCCCGACUUGUUGUUUGGGGUCCAUGCAGACGAAACAAGCAGCCAAGAGAUCUCAACUUACUGUACUCAAUUGUACCAUAUUCCCCGUCAGUUGCCAAUAUUUUUACCUACAAACAGACUUGCCCAGUCCUUACGGCGACUCACUCAGGCUUCAUCCAUUUUCGCUGCCGUUAUUUCGGGCAACAAGUCCAUCCGCACCACCCGGAGGGAACACUGGACUUUUGGCUCUCGUCUUCUUCUUCUUCUAUUGUUCUUUUUUUAAGUUUCUCUCUGGUUUUCCUUUCAAAACUCAGGCAUACAAACGAAAUUUGUGUACACGUGCGACAAGGAAGUUAAUUACGUGGUGACACCCACACCGUCUUGCUUUGGUGGCUUUACCGCGCACACACAACAAGGUCCCCCAAAUCAAAAAGAUCGACGACGCAGACCCAGGUCGCGCGUGCACACCUACCUCAAGAAGGCGGGAUCGGACGACGCACUUCACGCCACGGCACGCCACAUAAGACCUUGCACGCGCCGGAACUCAAACUAAGAAAGCACCGAUGCUAGGCAUCUUCUAAGGGUCUUCUUCAUUCUCCCCUAUUUUUAAUUACCUACUCUUGAAAUACGACCAUCCAAGCUUUGCAACGGCUAUGAAAGCUCGAGCUUAGGUCGCUUGAUUCUUGCUCUUCCGUCCUCCGAGGGAACGAACAAGGUGAAAGAAAACUAAAAGAAAGAAAGAAAGAAGCCAAAAAAAAAAGGAGGUAGGGUAGACAGCCCAAAAAAAGAAAACCCGUUCCUGCCACCAUUCACGGUGAAACCACGUUCACUGGGAUCCAACACCUCACCAAAGUGGAGAUUUAUUUCAAACAACGAGACACAAAAUAAGAAGAAACGCAUGAUUUACUGCCUCCAAUUCAAUAAUUCUCACCUCUCCAAAACGGUCCGACUCGACUCACUAGGAUUGUCUUGCUGGUUUGGCUGCCAGCCAUCCCAGCCAUUCAUUCUCUUUGUCUCUCCACUCUGCAGGGGCAAUUGUUCUGAACAAUAUUAAUUACACCGCGGCGCCUUUGGCCUUUGUGUCCGAGACGUUUGCCCAUCAUGAACCGGAUAACCUACCGCUUUCGCAAUAUGGGUCUUUUCAAACGCAGCAAAGAUAAGCGCAAGAGCGACAGUGAUUACACUCACGGCGGCGGCAAUGGCAAGCACGGAGGUGGUGGCGGUUUCCUAGGCGUUCCGGGCGCCAUGCCCGGCUACAGUGCCGGUCAGAUUCAGAGCACCGCCAGCAUGACAUCCAGUAGGUUGUUGGCGCGUCUCCCUGAUGCCAUACUGGAGCGCAUCUUCUUCUUUGUGUGCCCGCACACAGGCGACGAAACAUAUGAGACGUGCGAGCAGAGCAGCGAGGAUGACGCGUGCAUGCUCUGCAACCAGCGCGACCUGGCCCACUGCGCUGCCGUCUCAAAGCAGUGGAGGAGGGCUGCUAUUAGGCAACUCUAUCAUAGCAUUCGCAUCGAUUCGGUGCACUACUGCGAGCGAGAGAUCUACCUUUCGGACCUGCGCAAACGCCGCUCAUUCUUUGAUCGUAAUGGUCUACCCGAAGACACGGCCCAGACGCGCCUCAAGCUGCUUUGCCGCACUCUUCGCGAGGACCCGACCAGGCUCGGCAAGCUUGUCGAGUACUUCAAGACGCCGUACAUGCUGCGCGAAUCUUGUCAAGCCGACCUCGCCCGUACCAUCGCCGUGCUUCCCAACUUACGCUAUGUCGAUCUUCCCGAGGGCCUAUUUGCAGACGAUUCGACAUAUCUGACCCUUCGCAUGGAGGUCCAAGCGAGGUGUCACCAGCUGCGCAAGAUGACUUAUAUGGCUGGCUCGGAACGCAGCCUGCAGGCUCUUGCAAGUGGCAACAUCUGGCCGAAUCUUGAGGUCCUGGAGCUGAUCCGCAUCAAUGUCGACCCUGCGAUGCUGAGACAUGUUUUGGGAGCGCUGCACAAGCUCGAGGCGCUCAAGGUUUCUGAAACCAUGACAUUUGGAGACGAAAUACUUUUCCACAAUGAUAUGGUCCCGCCGUUCCCUGCGCUGCAGGAGUUUAUUCUCAAGGAUGUUCCCAACGUUAGCGCAGAGGGCUUGAAACAAUGGCUGUCGACGCGCCGCGACGCUCGUAGCCGACUAAAGAAUCUUAGUCUUUCUGGCACCGGGGUUAAGCCAUGGCAGCUCCACGGCGUCCUGGCGGCUGCGUCUGCUCUUGAGAGUCUCACAGUUAUAGAAAAGGUUUCCGCCUCGCUGCCCACUGCCGCAGGAACACAUGAUAUCCCACCUCUGAGCUCCAACUCGCUGCUCACGCUCAACUACGAGAUAACCGCCGUCGGAUCGGGCCCAGGUCCCUUUGGCGGUCCAAAUACUGUCGCAAGCGGAAUGAGUGGCGUGACUUCAUCAUAUUACAACUACCUUUCCGGCUCUCUUCUCUCUGGAGCCUUGCCGAGUCUGCGGGCUGUCUACGUCAGAGAUGCCCACUUCCCAGACUCGCUCCUUGGUCUUCCACCGCCACACCCUACAUUCGCCGACGGCUUCUCGAUGCGCAGACCGAGCACUGCGGAGGGCCGGUCCAACAAUGCCUCGCUCGGAUCCAACAUGCAGUCGCCACGCACCUUCCUGACACCAAAGAUGGGAGGCGGCGCCCCAUUCCAGGACCCGAGCGCGCACACGAUGCCGCUGCCGCAGAAGCCGUUCGCGGGCGCCGGCCACAACCCACGGUUCAGCAGCAAUAACCCAUUUGCGGCCAUGAUGCCGGCGCAGCAGCUGGCAACCCUCGAGGUCUUCACCAAGGGCGACGACGAGCUCGACUGGUCAUUUGUCAAGGUGUCGGGCGGCUACGCAGAGAGCGGCGAGCCAUCGCGGCCGCACAGCUCGUACGGCCUGUCGAGCGGCUCCGGGGGCGGCUGGGGUGCCACGGCCGGCGCGAGGAGGAGCGUCUUUAUGGGAGACGGCGGCGGUGGCUUUCUCGCCGUGCCACCCUCCCCCGGCGGCAACAGGCCCGGCAUGCACGGUCGUUCCGGUAGCAUGAACAAUAUUGGUUACAAGAGUCCCGCCUGCGGCAACGAGUGGCCAGUGGUCUCGCCGGGCUUGGACAAGAGAAAGGAUCGGAAGGACCUCUGGCGUUGAUUUUCUUUUAGUCCUCUGGGCUGUUGGGGGGGUUUUUACUCGGGAAUGUUAUGGUUGGCGUUUAAUGUGGUUUCGGUGUUAUGGGUUUAAAUCGGACCAGGCGUUCUAGUUUCUCCAGCCCCAGGACGGCCGUGGUUCAGUGGGCAGCCACUUUUGAAAGCUGCCUCGCUAAUAGGUUGGGCUUAUUCUUUUCUCACAUCUGUAUUUGCUAAUAUUUGGCAACGGCAUGCAUGCAAAGGGAUCUGGAGGGAAAGUUGUUUGCGCGCUGUUGUUCCAGGAGACACUUGAUUUGGGGGAGACUGGUGCAAGUUUUCAAGGAGGAGGAGUAUCUGGGUCAUUUAUUACGGUGUUGUGCUUGCAUUUUAUUCUCUAGCUUAGCCCCUUUUCGUACAUAGCCGAUACCCAGUUUGUUGUUUGUUGUUUACUUUUUGUAAAUUCUCAACUACUAUUUCCAAGCAAGCACUUAGACCAAAUAAUUUCAAGUUAUGGGCUUUG